UAAUGAGUUGUGUACUCUGCGUUGCAAAUUAGAUUGCUGAUAUCUCUUUGUGUGUCCAAUGACAAUAAAUCUGGCCAGUCAGCUGGGUGUGUUGUGUUGGAGUUUGAACUCUGGACCUAAGCAGAGGAGCUGAGAAAUAUAGUGGGGAAUCUUUAGAGGAACAGAAAGCUUGGAUUUAAAUGAAAGCAGCGAAGAAGUGUGGAUAUUUUUGACUGGGAUUAGAUAGUUUUGGAGAUUUCACCCAAACAUGGCAUCAACGGAGUACUACCCAGAGCAGGGUGCUGACUGCUCAGAGCUGCUCGACUGGCUGUUUGAUAAAAAUGACGGAAUCCUGCGUCAUGAGGAAAUGGGACAGCAUGGCAUCCCUCCCAGGAUGCCAUUUCAGGAGCCAAAUAUGCCACAGCCAGCUGAACAGGCGGACGCUGACUUUCUCAACGCCCUUCUGAGCGGCAGCGAUUCUGUGUCAGCCUCGCCUCUGUGGUCCCCAUCGCCUAGCGACAGUGGGAUCAGUGAGGACCCUCCAUCGGACCAGAUGGAUAGUCCUCAGCGCCCUGAAAGCCCUCCAGACGCACACUUUUUUGGAGCAGGACUGCAAGCCAAAGCAGUCCUAGAAGCAAAUGUUUCCUCUGAUCCAAAUGGCUGGGAGCUCGGCUUUCCAAUGGGGAGAGCAAGAAUCUCGCAGUAUCUAUCAGAUGCACAGCAACCACCGCUGUCGUCUGGCUUCCCCCUGACUGUCAAGGAUCUGCUGCUGUCUGGCACACCAGAGCCGCCCCCGCAGCCAACCCAAAAGUCCAUCCAAGAACUGAUUCUCAACGAUGAUGAAAAGAAGCUUUUAGCCAAGGAGGGGGUCACCCUGCCCACCCAGCUGCCGCUCACAAAGUAUGAGGAAAGGAUUCUGAAGAAAAUACGCAGAAAGAUUCGUAAUAAGCAGUCUGCCCAGGAGAGCAGGAAGAAGAAGAAGGAGUAUAUUGAUGGGCUGGAGAGCCGCAUGGGUGCUUGCAGUGCCCACAACCAUGAGUUGCAAAGAAAGGUUUCCCAGCUGGAAAAAUGCAACAUGUCUCUAAUGGAGCAGCUUCGCAGGCUGCAAGCUCUGGUCAUGAACUCAUCCAACAAGCCAGUCCAGACUGGGACAUGUGUACUGGUGCUCCUGCUGUCCUUCUGUUUGAUCCUGUUCCCCAGUCUCAAGCCUUUCUCUGAUUCAAAGGUCAGACAAAGUGACUUCAGUCCAGUCAGAAUCCAGUCACGGUCCCUACAGAACCUCCAGGCUUCCCGUGUGAUGCGUGUUAUCGACCCGUCUUUCCCCUCUGAGGAUGAAUCAGACCCACUGAACCAGCAUUUCCCUGAGGAUCAGGGAUUGGAAGACAUCACAGACCUGAUGAUGAAGAAGCUGCCGGAAAAACAGGAACAGCCCGGCUUGGACUCUGUGUCUCUGAAUAGCAGUCAGGAAGAUGGAGGCAGUCAUUUCCAUGUAGACCCAAUUACCGGCCACAUUGCUACUGUGACUCUGAAUCCCCAUCGCACCACUGGGCUACAACCACAUGCUGACGACAUGUAAGAAAUUAUAAAAUCUGCCCUGAUUAAAUCAGUCCUGCUAAUAAUAAGGGAGAGAAUUAUCAUGGACUUUUGUUUACACAGACGGGGAAAUUUAAUUUUGAUCCUUCCUGUUUUACCCUUGAAACAUACAGUGGUUCUCAAAAGUCAUCUCACCCGUAAAACUCCUAAAACAUUGUUGACGGAUUGAUUCGAGCUAAGGGAGUUGUAGCGUCAUGCUGUAGGAUUACUUCUUUACCAUUAGCAUGAACAGCUCCAAAUACUGUGUUUACCUUCUGGUGCCAGGAUGAAAUGAAUGGCUUUAGUGUAAAAAUGUCAGGUCCAGAAACGCAGAGCUACACCUGACAGAAACUCUGUGGGGUCGUUGAACAGGUGUUGCGGACAAAAGAAGUCCUACAAUUCAAUAGAUUUAGAGAACUUUGCAAGGUAGAGUGGACUAGUAUUGCCACAUCAAGAUGUAUCAAGGCAAUGGACCGUAGAAGACCGAAUGCUGAAAUUCUGAGUUCAGCUUCAAGGAUUAGUUUGAAGGUUUUCUCAUUCAAGCAGUCUAGUUGCUGAAAAUGUUUAGAUUUUUUUUUUCUUUUGGCCUCAUCCUUUUACUUAAAAAAAGACAUUUGAACUGGGGUGCCUAAGACUUUUUAUAUCCACUGUAUUUAGUAUGUGCUUUUUUUUUUUUCUUAUUUGUCUUAUUUUUUUAUUUGAAAGAGGAUGUUAAUCUUACAUGGAUGUGAUUGAUAUGACUCACUUAUGUCUUUGAUAAACACUUCAGCAUGAAUACGUCUCAGUAAAUGAACAAGUGUAACCACGUGGUUUUGUAAAAUAUUGAUUCAAACAGCUAAUUAUUUUUGAAGUUAAGGGUCAAUUUUGUUAUCUGUUUGUUAAAAAAUAGAUAGCAACAGUUUAGAUUCAGCUGUGAGGGAAUUUGCAUCAGAUUAGAAGCGGAAAAGCAAUGUGAAUGUUUUGAAACGCUCUGAUGAAAGUUUGUUUUGUUAAUUAAAAGUCGCUCUGAGUAUGCGGUGCUAUAUUUCUCUCUGUCAUGUCGGAGUUCUGCCUUUAAAGGAUUUUAUUUCUAGACAGGCAAUCACUUAAAGGGCAAACCCGGACAGGAUGAGUGGGAGAGAAGGACAGAAAACUGGGCCAAAGGUGGGACUGGUGACCUCUUAUCUAAUGAGUCAGACUUUGCACUCCCAGAGUGAUAUGUUGACAUAUUUACUUUUUGGAGGAAGGUGGUUUCCAGGGCUUCCACAUAUAAUCUGACCUGUCUUUGCUAACCACACAGUGAUGGGAUGAAAGAGUUCUUCCCUUCACUGUCACUUUGGUCACAAUUCAAUAUGACACACUGACAUUUUCAGCAUCUGGGUUGACCGAGCUUCAAGGAGCAAGCCGAUGUUUAAUCUAUGGCUCAAGUUGUCCACUGUGUAAGCUGUACAUGCUACUGAAUUAAAUGAAUUCAGGUAGAUCCAGUCUGAUGAUUUGCAUUUUAAUAAAUAAAGGAGUUGACAGUCUUCAUGAUACAUAAAGAAGGACAAAAUUAUACUAAAGAUAAAAUGAAUAAAAUCAUUUCAGAUCUUCUUGACAUCCAUCAUAGUCUAAAUUUAGAUUUUACUGAUAAAUGUCAUGACACCGAGGUCGAUGAGCUGUGAGCAUGCAAAUAAAAAGUCCAUAUUAACUGUAUACACCUACUUGGUAAUAAAACACCUGUUCAUCAUACAGUGUCUUGCAAAGGUGUUAUACCCUUAAUUUGUAACAGAUUUCAAUGUAGUUUAAUGUGAUACACCAGCACCAGGUUUCACAAAAGUGCAAAGUCAAAGUAAAAUGACUCAACAUUUCAACAUUUUUUACAAAGAAAAAUCGAAAAAGUGUGGCAUGCAUUCAUGUUUAACUUUCUGUACUUUAAUACCCCUAAUAUAAUCCAAUGCAAAUGGCUCAACUUGCUACAAAACUGAGUAAAACUAGUGCAGCUUGGUCUUAGUAGAAAUACAAUUGUUCUGUGAAUUCUUCAGAGGUUUGGUAGAAAACUUUGGUGAACACUGUUCAGUCUGCUAUUUGAAAAUAAGAGCAUGUUGGGUAUAUUUUAUCCAACAGCUAACUUUGCCAGCUUUGACAUUGCCUGCAGUGUAAACAUACAUCUGAACAUGGCUGUUAAUGUUAAUUCAACAUUUGGAAGCGUCUGUAUGGUUUGGGCUUAACCUGCUCAAGAUCAGAAUAAUUAGCAAGGUAAUUGGCUCCUCUAUUUUUCAUAUACAACACUUUGUCAACCAUGGAUCAGACAUCAGAUUGUUAGGAUACAGAGAACUGGUCAGUAUUGAUAAGAUAGUAGAUUACAGGAUAAUACUAAGAAAACCAGUUAAGAGACAGAAAAACAUAGAGAUUACUGCAAAAAUUCACAUUCUAGGAGAGAAGCAAAUGUAAACACACAGUAAGAGCUUAGAAUGAAUGGUUUAUAAAAACAUAAUUUUCUGUUGAAGUGUUAUGCCAGAAGUAUAUGAACCCUAAUAAGCUGUAGUUACCUGGUAAUAACUCUAGAAAAUGGCCACCCAAAAUCUAAACAUGUGUGCAAUGCACUUCUUUACUUCCAACCUAAACAAUUACUUCCUUUCCACCCACUUGUUAGCAUUGCAGAUGCGUUCACAUACGCCACAAAAAUAUUCAUUAUGACAAACAGACAGGGAGCCUCAUCAGCUAUUCCAGGCAUACAACAAACAAAACACUUUGAUUUCCACAACAGACUCUUUGCACCAUGUCCUGCUGCCGUACGUGUUACCCAAGAGCCAGGAGUGAAUAUUCCCUGUUGUCAGAACAAACCUCCAGCAGAGAGUCUCCUGCUGGGAAGCCAGUGAGUGAACCGCAACUGCAGAGCAUGUCUGGAUUUAAUUCCUGGCCCAUUUACCAGGAAAUCUCUGGUGUCUUUCCUGCGAUAAUGUAGCAUAUAAUUGGUGUUGUGACACAUAUUUAAAGAAAAACAAAAAGUGUGAGCUGUGUUUGACAUCACCAAGUUGAAUCAAUUGACAAAAAUUGAGAGAUUAUUGAUUACUUAAUUCACAGCCUUAAAACUUUGGCCCUCUUACGAGUUCAAAUGGGUUCUCAGUCUAUCCAUGUGGAUUAAGAAAACUUCCUCUUGUUAUUAUUUCGCAAAUCUCAAUCUCGUUGUAAUCUGUUGAUGACAAUGACAAAUAAAUCUUAUCUUAUCUA